AUGUCGCCCCUCGCCGGGGCUCGGGCGCUCUUGGGCGCUGCGCUCGCUCUGGCGCUUGCCGGCGCUCUCGACCCCAUCCGGGCCGACGGAGGCUUCGCGCGGGACGUCUUGGCCGCUCUCGGAGGCAACGGGAGCCUCUCCGCCGGGCAGGUCAACCAAGCGCUGCAAAAGCUGGGAGCCGCGCACAGGCUGGGGGACUGGCUGGCCGGGCGGCAGGACGCGCUGCGCUAUAACCAGUGCAUGUCUGCAGAAGACAUCUUUUCUCUGCAUGGAAUGUCAAAUAGCAGCAUGAUAACGGAGUCCAGCUUCCCCACAAUAUGUCCUGCCGUCUUCCAACAGCUGAUUUUCCAUCCUUGUGAAAAAUCCGCAUCCAAAGGCAAUUCCAAACCAUCAACCACAGAAGUCUGGGGCUUUGGUUUCCUAGCUGUGACUAUAAUCAACUUUGCUGCACUUUUUGGAUUGGUUUUAACUCCUCUUUUAAAGAAGGACUAUUUCCCAAAGAUUUUAACUUACUUUGUGGGCUUGGCCAUUGGAACGCUGUUUUCCAAUGCAAUUUUCCAGCUCAUUCCAGAGGCAUUUGGAUUCGAUCCAAAAAUAGAUAACUACAUUGAAAAAGCAGUAGCUGUGUUUGGUGGAUUCUACAUCCUCUUCUUUGUGGAAAGAGUUCUUAAAAUGAUACUGAAGACCUAUAGUCAAAUGGGUCACAGCCACUUUGAAAUGGAAGAAUUGAAGCCUCCCCCAAGCCUCUCUCCUCCUCCUGCUGAGUCAUUCAAACCCAUUAAUGGAGCCAUCUGCUAUGCAAACCCAGCCAUUGCUGAAGCUAAUGGAACUCUGAGUUUCGAUAAUGUUACUGUGAUCUCUGGACAGAAGGAAGAAACCCAAAGCAGCUCAUGUGAAUGUUUCAAAGGACCGUCAUUGUCAGAUAUUGGUACAAUUGCCUGGAUGAUCACGCUGAGCGAUGCACUACAUAACUUCAUUGAUGGGCUAGCUAUCGGUGCUUCCUUUACACUGUCCCUGCUUCAGGGCAUCAGUACAUCUAUAGCAAUCUUGUGUGAAGAGUUUCCUCAUGAACUGGGGGAUUUUGUCAUCCUCCUUAAUGCAGGAAUGAGCGCACGGCAGGCUUUGUUUUUCAAUUUCCUAUCCGCCUGCUCUUGCUACGUUGGACUUGCUUUUGGCAUAGUUGUGGGCAAUAACUUCGCUCCAAACAUCAUCUUUGCAAUAGCUGGAGGCAUGUUCCUGUACAUUUCCCUGGCAGACAUGUUCCCAGAGAUGAAUGACAUGUUGAGAGAGAAAGUAACUGGAAGGAAAACGGAUCUCGCCUUUUUCCUGAUCCAAAAUGCUGGCUUGCUCACAGGUUUUACUGCAAUAUUGCUGAUCACCCUGUAUGCAGGAGAUAUUGACCUGGAAUAAUGUGAUAAUGAAGAUGUGUUGAUGAAGACACUUAGUAAAUUAAAAAUGGAAGAACUCUUGAACUCCAUAAAGGGACUUGGAAGUCUUAAAGGAUUUGGUGCAACACCCUCUUUUCAUCAGCUGCUUGAAUCAAAAGCCUUUGUUUUUAAGGAUUGCUGAACCAGUUCUAGGACAGUUUCCAUCAAUUUCUGUGUAUAAAAUAAUGAGUUUUGCAAGAUUUCAGUGAUGACCUGAAGGCGUAGAAGUGCAGGGGGGAUAUUUGGCCUGCAAACUGCACCAUUAAUUUCAAUGGAGGCUGCACAUCCAUUCCCAUGUGUCGGGGCACUGGAUUGGGAUCUUUGUAUUUUUAAUUGAGAUAUCAUCCACACUGCCUGUACCAUUGUAAACUACCCCAACCCUGGACCUGGUGUAGUUUAUUUCCUUCCUGUGGAAUCAGUGGGAGGGAAAACUUUUAAAACUGCCCCUGAAAAUAGGGCAUGGGGAAGGAAAAAGGGAGGUGAGGGCUGGGAGAAACCUCCAGCUUGGAUUCUUUUGCCCCAUACAACUGCUUUGCAAGGCAGUAACCCUAUAUACACUUAUCUUGGAGUAAGUCCCAUUGAUCUCAAUAGGACUUCUGAGAUGACAUACAUAGGAUUGCACAGUAAGCCCUAUUUAUUUUAGCCUGGGUCAUAUUGUGUAUGUGCCUACUACUUAAUACCAUGUAUGAUGUGUACCUCUGUUAUCCCACGCUUUCUGGGAGGAUGUUGGGAGAACAAGGAGGGCUUCAGGAGGCAGAGCCUUGCCCAGCAUACUCCUUUCCCCCACUAUCUGAUGUCAGGGCUCCUCUGUCAGAGGACCACAAGCUGCAAAUCUUUCCUAUGCAGACCAAUGGAAGAAGCUUACAAAGCCGGAUCUCCCCUCUCUGAGGAUGGACUUCUCUCUCUGCCCUUGGAGAGAGAGAUCGGAGUCCUAUGGCUGCUGGACCAUAGAACUGCAGCUUGAAUUGACAAGACCUCCUCC